AGUGUCCCCACGUCACCGCCUGACGUGCGCAGAUUUCUCGUAAAGCGACUGUCAGCUUUGACUUGAACGACCUUGUUUGCCCUUCUCGCGAUCGUUAAUUGUUAAUUCGUUCCGUGAGAGAAUUCCAGCACUCGUCUCUUCUCUUGCCAUCCGAACGACAUGACUACCUACUUCAACUAUCCACCCCCUGCCCUACAGGAUGAGCUUCGCAAAAUCGCGAACGCCAUUGUCGCCCCCGGCAAGGGCAUCCUCGCCGCCGACGAGUCGGUCAACACCAUGGGCAAGAGGCUCGCGGACAUCGGUCUCGAGAACACCGACGACAAUCGCAGGAAGUACAGGCAGUUGCUCUUCACCACCGACAAGAGCCUAGGCGACCACAUCUCGGGCGUGAUCCUCUUCCACGAGACGCUGUACCAGAAGGCCGAUGACGGCACGCCGUUCGUCGAGCUGCUGAAACAGCGUGGGAUCAUUCCCGGCAUCAAGGUCGACACGGGGGUGGUGCCGCUGUUCGGGUCGGAGGACGAGUGCACGACACAAGGACUGGAUGACUUGGGAAAACGUUGCGCCCAAUACAAGAAGGACGGCUGUCACUUCGCCAAGUGGCGGUGCGUGCUCAAGAUCGGCAAGAACACUCCCUCCUACCAGGCGAUUUUGGAGAACGCCAACGUGCUCGCCCGCUACGCCUCCAUCUGCCAGGCGAACCGCAUCGUUCCGAUUGUCGAGCCGGAAAUUCUACCGGACGGCGAUCACGACAUCGAACGCUGCCAGAAGGUGAGCGAGACCGUCCUGGCCGCCGUCUACAAGGCGCUCAACGACCACCACGUCUACCUCGAGGGUACGCUAUUGAAACCGAACAUGGUCACGCCCGGGCAGUCGCACGCGAACCGUGCCACUCCGGAACAGGUCGCCAUCGCGACCGUGACCGCUUUGUCGCGCACUGUUCCACCCGCCGUGCCCGGAGUUACGUUCCUGUCGGGCGGGCAGAGCGAGGAGGAGGCAUCCGUGAAUCUCAACGCGAUGAACUGCGUGCAGCUAAAGAGACCGUGGGCGCUAACGUUCAGCUACGGCCGCGCGCUACAGGCGUCCGUCUUGCGAGCGUGGGCGGGCAAGGACGACAACAUCGGCGCCGGCCAGGCGGAACUAAUGAAGCGCGCCAAGGCGAACAGCGAGUCGGCGCUCGGCAAGUACCAGGCGGGAAGCAUUCACGGAACGGCCGGAGACAAGGGAUUGUUCAUUAAGGAUCACGCCUAUUAAUUUGUUAUUUGUCGUGUGUUUAUUUUCUGCAUGUAGGUCUUUUGUUUGCGAUUAUAUUCGUGUACCAUGUCUUAGAAGCGGUUGUAGAAACGUCGUAUCUUGAUGAUUGGAGCAUUAUACUUUGCCGGAGCGAGUUCAAUAGCGAUUUUAUGAUGCAUGUUAAAACUAUUAAAUAAAUUUUAUUGUUAGCAAUAAAAGAUUAAUUGCGCUAA